AUGAAGCGCUACCUGAGCAGCUCGGAGCGGGCCUGCCUGGCCUCCAGCCUGCAGCUCACCGAGACCCAGGUCAAGACCUGGUUUCAGAACCGCAGGAACAAAUGGAAAAGGCAACUCUCGGCCGAGCUGGAGGCGGCCAACAUGGCCCACGCCUCGGCGCAGACUCUGGUGGGGAUGCCGCUGGUGUUCAGAGACAAUUCCCUCCUCCGGGUGCCGGUGCCCCGCUCCAUCGCCUUCCCCGCCCCUCUCUACUACCCCGGCAGCAAUCUCUCGGCCUUACCGCUCUACAACCUCUACAACAAAAUUGACUACUGA